GAUGCAAUCCAUCAUCAGUUACUAUUCCUCUCUUUCUUCACUUAUUCAUUAGAAAAACAAAGAGAGAUAUUCAGAGAGAGAGAGAGAGAAAGAAUUUGUUGGUUGAAUCACUUACUCACUCACACACUCAUCUCACCUCACUAUUCCACAACAACCUUCACUCUUUCAUUUCCAAUUUCUCUAACAAUACCUAUUGAACCUUUUUGCUGUUUUGCUUAAUGGGUUGCUCAGUGAUAGUGAAAAACUGAAGAAAUUUUCUGGCUUGAUUCAUCCAUGUCCUUUUUGAGGUUUGUUUGAACUGAAGUUCUUGUAGGUGUUAUAAGAGGUGGACGUGAUAUUGAUUGUUAGUUUGAGGUAUCGAGAUGUCUUAUAGAAGGGGGUCUGAGCAGCAACCGCAGAGGCGGCCGUUAAUGCGGACUCAGACUGCUGGGAAUUUAGGAGCAGACCCGAUUUUGGACAGUGAAGUUGUGCCUUCCUCAUUGGUUGAGAUAGCUCCUAUUCUCCGUGUUGCUAAUGAAGUCGAAGCAAGCAAUAAAAGAGUUGCUUAUCUCUGUCGGUUUUAUGCCUUUGAAAAAGCUCACAGACUAGAUCCCACAUCUAGUGGGCGUGGUGUUCGCCAAUUCAAAACAGCUCUUCUCCAACGUUUAGAAAGGGAAAAUGACACCACGUUGGAAGGAAGAGCAAAGAGCGAUGCUCGUGAAAUGCAGAGCUUUUAUCGGCAUUACUACCAAAAGUAUAUUCAAGCGUUACAGAAUGCUGCUGAUAAGGAUCGUGCCCAACUCACAAAAGCAUAUCAAACUGCUGCUGUUUUGUUUGAGGUUUUGAAAGCAGUUAAUCAAACUGAGGCUGUAGAAGUAUCUGAAGAGAUUAUGGAAGCUCAUAACAGGGUUGAGGAAAAGAAGCAAUUAUAUGCACCUUAUAAUAUUUUGCCCCUUGAUCCAGAAAGUGGAAAAGAGGCUAUCAUGAGAUAUCCUGAGAUUCAAGCUGCUUGCUCUGCACUGCGCAAUACUAGGGGUUUACCAUGGCCGAUGGUGACUAAAGAAAAUGAAGCCAUUCUAAAGAAAGAUAAUAAAGACAUUCUGGAUUGGCUUCUGCUGAUGUUUGGUUUCCAGAAGGAUAAUGUGGAAAACCAAAGAGAGCACUUGAUUCUUUUGCUUGCAAAUGUACAUAUAAGACAAUUUCCAAAACAUGAGCAACAACCCAAGUUGGACGACCGUGCUUUAAAUGAAGUGAUGAAGAAACUCUUUAGAAGCUACAAAAAGUGGUGCAAGUAUUUAGGUCGCAAAAGUAGUCUUUGGUUGCCAACAAUUCAGCAGGAAAUGCAACAGCGCAAAUUGUUAUACAUGGGUCUAUAUCUUCUUAUAUGGGGAGAAGCUGCAAAUUUGAGAUUUAUGCCAGAAUGCCUGUGUUAUAUUUACCAUCAUAUGGCAUUUGAGUUGUAUGGGAUGUUAGCUGGGAAUGUUAGUCCAUUGACGGGUGAACCUGUAAAGCCGGCAUAUGGUGGUGAAAAGGAGGCAUUUCUGCAGAAAGUAAUAAAACCAAUAUAUGAUACAAUACAAAAGGAAGCUCUAAGGAGUAAAGGAGGAAAAGCAAAGCAUUCUCAUUGGAGAAACUAUGACGAUUUAAACGAAUUUUUUUGGUCUGUUGAUUGCUUCCGUCUAGGUUGGCCUAUGCGUAUUAAUUCUGAGUUCUUCUCUGUGCCUCUGCCUCAUGCGCAGCGUGUAAAUAACAAAGAAGAGGAAAACAAAUCUUAUGAUGACGAACGGUGGAUGGGAAAAGUUAAUUUUGUUGAGAUUCGCUCAUUUUGGCAUGUAUUUAGAAGUUUUGACAGAAUGUGGAGCUUUUAUAUACUAUGUUUACAGGCAAUGGUAAUCAUCGCUUGGAAUGACUCUGGCAGUUUAAGCAACAUAUUUGAUGGUGAUGUUUUCAAGAAAGUUCUCAGCAUCUUCAUAACUGCUGCAAUAUUGAAGCUUGCACAAGCCCUUCUUGACAUAGUCCUGAGUUGGAAAGCAAGGAAUGUUAUGUCGCUUCAUGUCAAGCUGCGAUAUAUAUUUAAAGCUAUUUCAGCUGCAGCGUGGGUCGUAAUUUUGCCAGUCACCUACGCUUUUAGUUGGAAAAAUCCAUCUGGUUUUGGACAAACCAUAAAGAAUUGGUUUGGCAACGGUUCAGGCUCCCCUUCUAUGUUCAUUUUGGCUGUCUUCAUCUAUUUAUCUCCAAACAUUCUCUCUGCACUGUUAUUUCUAUUUCCACUCAUCCGCCGGUAUCUUGAGAGGUCGAACUAUGGUGCUGUGAAGCUCAUGAUGUGGUGGUCCCAGCCUCGGCUCUUUGUUGGAAGAGGAAUGCAAGAGGGUCCAAUUUCACUGAUCAAGUACUCUACUUUCUGGGUUCUCUUAAUUCUAUCUAAAUUAGCAUUCAGUUACUACCUUGAGAUUAAGCCUCUUGUGGGCCCGACAAAAGCCAUCAUGAAUGCCCGUGUGUCAGUUUAUAGUUGGCACGAGUUCUUCCCUCAUGCGAAAAACAAUAUCGGUGUAGUUAUUGCUAUAUGGGCUCCUAUCAUGCUUGUCUACUUUAUGGAUACACAGAUUUGGUAUGCUAUUUAUGCUACAAUUGUAGGAGGCAUAUACGGUGCAUUUCGUCGUUUGGGAGAGAUUCGGACAUUGGAGUUACUAAGGUCUCGCUUUGAUUCAAUUCCGGGUGCAUUUAAUGCUCGCUUGAUUCCCUUGGAUCAGACGGAGAAGAAAAAGAAAAAGGGACUAAAGGCCACUUUUUCUCGUAAAUUUGAUCAGGUCUCUACCGAUAAAGAGAAGGAAGCAGCAAGAUUUGCACAACUAUGGAACAAAAUAAUUACUAGCUUGAGGGAGGAGGACUUAAUUGAUAACAGGGAAAUGGACCUCAUGCUUGUACCAUAUUGGGCUGACCGUUCCCUGAAUCUCAUCCAGUGGCCUCCUUUCUUACUUGCUAGCAAGAUUCCAAUAGCAGUGUCUAUGGCCAAAGACAGUUUUGGGAAAGGCCAAGAGCUGGAAAAAAGAUUGUCAAGGGACAAGUACAUGAAAUCUGCUGUUCAAGAAUGCUAUUCUUCUUUUAGAAAUAUUAUUAACUUCUUGGUUCUAGGAGAACGUGAGAAAAUAGUUAUGCAGAAUAUUUUUCAAAAAGUUGAUGAGCUCAUAGAAGGAGGAAACCUGCUGAGGGAUCUGGAUCUGAGUGCUCUCCCUGAUCUAUAUGAUCGUUUUGUUAAACUGAUUGAUUGUUUGUUGAAAAACAAACAGGAGGACAAGGAUCAAAUUGUGAUUCUCUUGCUUGACAUGCUAGAGAUUGUGACAAGAGACAUAAUGGAUGGAGAUGUUGAGGGUUUGCAAGAUUCAAGCCAUGGUGGGGCUUUGGGAAAAGAUGAAAGGAUGACGCCCCUUGAUCAACAAUAUCAAUUUCUUGGUAGACUUCAGUUUCCUGUCACAACAGAUACUGAAGCUUGGUCAGAGAAAAUAAAAAGGCUUCAGUUACUGCUUACUGUCAAGGAGUCUGCUAUGGAUGUACCAGCCAACUUGGAUGCUAAGAGGCGUAUUACUUUCUUCAGUAAUUCCUUGUUUAUGAAUAUGCCGUCUGCUCCCAAAGUUCGGAAUAUGCUGUCCUUCUCUGUCUUGACGCCAUACUUCGAUGAACCGGUUCUUUUCUCCCAAGAACAUCUGCAAGAACAAAAUGAAGAUGGGGUCUCUAUCCUUUUUUACUUGCAAAAGAUAUAUCCAGAUGAAUGGACAAACUUUCUUCAACGGCACAAUUGUAAAAGUGAAGAGAGUGAUGAGAAACUCAAAGGAGAGUUAGAAGAAGAACUCCGUUUAUGGGCAUCAUACAGAGGCCAGACAUUGACUAAAACUGUUCGAGGAAUGAUGUAUUUCCGACAAGCAUUGGAACUACAGGCUUUUCUUGAUAUGGCGAAGGAUGAAGAAUUAAUGAAAGGGUACAAGGCUGCGGAACUAGAGAGUAAGGAAAAUCCAACAAGUGAGCGGUCGCUGUGGACACAAUGUCAAUCAUUAGCCGACAUGAAGUUCACAUAUGUUGUGUCAUGUCAACAAUAUAGUAUUCACAAGCGAUCUGGUGAUCCUAGGGCCAAAGAAAUUUUAAAGCUCAUGACUAAGUAUCCAUCUCUUCGAGUUGCUUAUAUUGAUGAGGUUGAAGAGGCUAGCAAAGAUUCUUCCCGAAAAAUUGAAAAGGUUUAUUACUCAGCACUAGCCAAAGCUGCUUUACCAACCAAAUCAAUUGAUUCAUCUGAAGCAGUUCAAAAUUUAGACCAGGUAAUUUACAGAAUAAAGCUUCCUGGGUCUGCAAUAUUGGGUGAGGGGAAGCCAGAAAAUCAAAACCAUGCCAUCAUUUUCACACGAGGGGAAGGCUUGCAAACAAUAGAUAUGAAUCAGGAUAACUAUAUGGAAGAAGCUUUCAAAAUGAGGAAUUUGCUGCAAGAGUUUCUUAAGAAACAUGGUGAUCCUAGAUAUCCAACUAUACUUGGACUCCGAGAGCAUAUUUUUACUGGCAGUGUUUCAUCGCUUGCAUGGUUUAUGUCCAAUCAGGAAACCAGUUUUGUGACAAUUGGACAAAGAUUGUUGGCUAAUCCGCUGAAAGUGAGGUUCCAUUAUGGCCACCCAGAUGUGUUUGAUAGACUUUUCCACCUGACAAGAGGCGGUGUUAGCAAGGCUUCUAAAGUCAUCAACUUGAGUGAAGAUAUAUUUGCAGGUUUCAAUUCUACUUUACGUGAAGGAAAUGUUACUCAUCAUGAGUAUAUACAAGUUGGUAAAGGAAGGGAUGUCGGUCUUAACCAGAUAUCGAUGUUUGAGGCAAAGAUAGCUAAUGGGAAUGGUGAGCAGACAAUGAGUAGGGACAUAUACAGGCUUGGACACCGAUUUGAUUUCUUCCGAAUGUUGUCUGUUUAUUUCACCACCAUUGGCUUCUAUUUCAGUACCCUGUUAACAGUCCUCACAGUUUAUGUAUUCCUUUAUGGCCGCCUCUAUCUUUCCCUUAGUGGACUUGAAGAAGGGCUGAACAAACAAAGAGCUAUUCGAGACAACAAAGCUCUUCAAGUAGCUCUUGCUUCACAAUCUGUUGUGCAAAUCGGAUUUUUGUUGGCCUUGCCUAUGUUGAUGGAAAUUGGUUUGGAGAAGGGUUUCCGUGAGGCGUUUAGUGAAUUUGUACUAAUGCAAAUACAGUUGGCUCCUGUAUUUUUCACAUUUUCUCUAGGAACAAAAACACACUAUUACGGAAGGACGUUGCUUCAUGGAGGUGCACAGUACAGAGGCACUGGUCGUGGUUUCGUGGUGUUCCAUGCCAAGUUUGCCGAUAAUUAUAGGCUCUAUUCUCGGAGUCAUUUUGUUAAAGGAAUUGAAUUGGUUAUUCUUCUUGUGGUCUACCAUAUAUUUGGCCAUGCAUACCGAGGAGUGGUCGCAUAUAUUUUAAUUACCAUAACCAUAUGGUUCAUGGCAGGGACAUGGCUCUUUGCUCCUUUCCUUUUCAAUCCAUCGGGAUUUGAGUGGCAGAAGAUACUUGAUGAUUGGACAGAUUGGCAUAAAUGGAUAAGCAACCGUGGAGGUAUCGGUGUACCUCCUGAAAAAAGUUGGGAAUCCUGGUGGGAAAAUGAACAUGAGCAUCUCGAGCAUUCCGGAAUGCGUGGCAUUGCUACUGAGAUAAUACUAUCCCUCCGGUUUUUCAUAUAUCAAUAUGGACUUGUAUAUCACCUCUCAAUCACUGAUGCGCAUAAAAGUGUUCUAGUUUAUGGUAUUUCUUGGAUGAUAAUCUUUCUAAUAUUGGGUUUAAUGAAGGGUAUAUCUGUUGGCAGGCGCCGCCUCAGUGCAGAUUUCCAGCUUGUAUUUAGAUUGAUUGAGGGCUCUAUUUUCAUAACAUUCCUUGCCAUCCUCAUAAUAUUAAUAGUAGUGGCUAAGAUGACAAUUAAGGACAUAAUAAUCUGUAUUCUGGCAGUCAUGCCAACAGGCUGGGGAAUGCUGCAGAUUGCACAAGCUUGUAAGCCACUCAUUGCAAAAACUGGAUUAUGGGGCUCGGUUCGAGCACUUGCACGUGGAUAUGAAGUAAUAAUGGGCUUGCUUCUCUUCACACCAGUAGCUUUCUUAGCAUGGUUCCCAUUUGUUUCAGAGUUUCAAACAAGAAUGCUCUUCAACCAAGCUUUCAGUAGAGGUUUACAGAUUUCUCGUAUUCUUGGUGGACAGAAAAGGGAUCGCGCCAACAACAAAGAAUGAUUAUAAACCAAUAACUUAUGGCCUGUUGUACAUGAUUUUUCAUUUUGAUCUAUUAUCAUUAUUAAAAUUCAGUCACAUUAUUACAAGGGUUUGAUUCCAAAGGUUGUUGUUACCUUGAUCAAAUUCUUUAUUUUAUUUAAAUGUGACAAACAUAGUUUGGAUGAUAGUGGAAGACAUUAGAGUGUUUGUAUAUAAUUAUAUUUACAUUCAUCAAACUAGUCCAUUUUGUAAAUGUUGUACAACUUGUUCCCAUGUGGUAUUACAAGUUGUUUUAGCAUAGCAAGGCACUAAUCUAUGAAUUGAACAAGCUUUUCUAAUAUUUAUCGUUUAUAUGUUAGUUACUAUAUUAGUAUUUAA